AUGUCCGACUCCGAGAGGUCACCUCUCCUCAGCCCAAAGGGCAAAGCGAGAGCAUUCCCUGAAGCUGAAGAUGACAAUUCUGAGUCUGCGCCUUUGCUCUCUAGCUCCACCGCCACACCUAGAUACGAUGGCGACCAGGACGAGCCCAACGACCGUGACGCCGUCUCUGUCGCUUCACGCGACUCUACAGAUUCCAAGAAGAAGAAGAAGACAGUACGGCUCAUGCCGUGGCCAUCAAUCGUCGCAAUUCUGAUGCUCGUAAUCGUUGCUGGCGUCGUUCUGCUUCUGGCCUUCUUCCUACCCGCUGCCGUUGAGGAAUACGCCAAGGAAGCCGCUGUCCUCGAACCCACCAACCUGUCUCUCGAAUCCAUUACGUCGGACGGCGUCAAGGCUCGUAUCCAGGCGAACUUUCGCCUCGAUGGCUCUAGGGUCAAGGACGACUCGUCGAGGCGCCUCGGGCGUUUCGCCACCUGGGUCGUGCGCAAGCUGGGAACGGACGAGACCAAGGUGCAUGUUUACUUGCCCGAGUACGAAGGCACCCUGCUGGGAUCGGCUGUCGUGCCGCCUCUUGUCAUCAACAUUGUCGAUGGCCACACGACCGCCAUCGACUUCAUUGCCGACCUUGCGCCUGGAGAUGCAGAGGCUUAUCGCACUAUUGCGAAUAACUGGUUGGAGGGCAAGCUCGACAAACUGAAGGUGCUGGGCAAGGCCAACAUUCAUCUGAAGUCGGGCAUCAUUCCCUUGGGAACUCACCCCAUCGUCGAGACGAUGGUCUUUGAAGGUCAAUCACUUUACCGUUCCUUUGCAUCUCUGUAUUUUGGAGAGAAGGCUUUCUUGAAAUAGAUUCAUGUUUUCCUUGCCG